AUGCCUCACGGGCGUCCAGCCAAACGAAGGCGUCUUACGCCGCCGAUUGACGACAGCCUCACCUCCGAGACCGUCAAGUCCUCCGAACUCUUCGCCCGAGCUGCUGACUGGGAUCUUGAGCAAAAAUAUGAACAGAGAUCACGAGGCAAGAAAAAUAAGGAGUCCACCAGGCUGCCCAUAAAGACCGCGGAGGGCAGGAUCCAACGGGUCCAAGAAAAUGCCGCUGGAUUUGAAGACGACUCCGACAGCUUUUUGGGUUCAGGCUCCGAUGGUGAAGAGGCCAGCGAAACCACCGAAACACCUCCGACAGACGCAGAACCAGUUGUGCAGAUACCGCUAAAACAACAGAUUCUAAUUGCGAAAGAAGAAAUUGCCCGUCUGGCGGGGUUUCUUAACGAGGACCCUGAAGAACAUGCAGGUUCAUUCAAAAAACUGGCACAGAUUGGCGGGCCCGACUCGCCCGUUGCUGUCCAAAAACUGUCUCUUGCCGCCCAAGCGGCUGUCUACAAAGAUGUCAUACCUGGCUACAGGAUCAGGCUAUACAAAGACGAGGAUCUUGGGACCAAAGUAUCGAGAGAUGUUCGGCAAACUAGGCAAUAUGAACAUGCUUUGGUGACGGGGUACCAAGCGUAUGUCAAACGAUUAAGCAGUCUAUCGAAGGUCAGGAAAGGAGACCAGGACACUUUGGCCCUACGAAGUGUCGCAAUCAGUUGCACCUGCACGCUGCUACUCUCUGUGCCACAUUUCAACUUUCGCACUGAGCUGUUGAACGUCUUGGUUCACGAAUUUGCCAGCAGAGAGGCCACGCCCGACUUUGUGAAAUGUAUCGAAACUUUGGAGAGAUUCUUUGCCGAGGACGAGGACGGCGCACCGUCCCUGGAGGCGGUAGGCCUUCUGACGAAGAUGUUGAAAGUGAAGGGCUAUCGAAUUAGGGAAGAAGUCUUGAAUACCUUCUUCCACCUUCGGCUCCUGUCCGAGCUCUCACCUCAAGCAUCGACCAGAUCCGAAAGGUCAGACGAUAUUUCCAAGCUACAUGGAAAGAAGGUGAAAAAGGAAAAGUUCGAAUAUCGAUCUAAGAAAGAGAGGAAGCUGGCCAAAGAACGGAAAGCGGUGGAAAAGGAUAUGCGCGAAGCGAACGCACUGGUGAACUACGAAGAGCGGGAGAAAAUCCAGUCUGAGACCCUCAAACUGGUGUUUAUCGCAUACUUCCGUAUCCUGAAGGCCAGGAUCCCUGAACUAAUGGGUGCUGUGCUGGAAGGCCUAGCCAAAUACGCCCAUCUCAUUAAUCAGGACUUUUUCGGCGAUAUCCUGGAGGCGCUGAAGGACAUCAUCAACCAGGCAGAUGCCGCAUCCAAGGGUGAAUUGGAACUCCAGGACGAAGACACUCCUACCUCGCACGAGCUUGAUGGGGAGACAGUCCGGAACAGAACACGAGAGAGCCUGCUUGCCACACAGACGGCGUUCACCCUCUUGUCAGGUCAAGAAGUCUCAAAGGCCGCCUCGAGUCUACACCUAGACCUGUCAUUCUUCACGUCUCAUACAUACCGCUCGCUGUAUCCACUGGGUCUGGACGCCGACAUUGAGUUAGGGCCCAAGUCUCUUCGCUUGCCCGAUCCGCAUUCCGCGAAAGACUCGGAGAAACCCAGCAACAGAGUCAACGUCUCGACUCCCAUUCUGCUCUUGACAAGGGUCUUGGCCUCUAUCCUCCUGACACCUUCUCAACCGCCACCCACAUUUAGCACCGCCUCAUUCUUCAAACGUCUCUUGACUGUGUCGCUGCAACUGCCCGAGAAAUCAGCUUUGGCAGUGUUGAGCCUUCUAGCCAAGAUUGCGGAUAAAUACGGCCGGAAGAUUGAAGCACUAUGGUACAGCGAUGAGAGAAAAGGCGACGGAGUAUUUAGAGGAGAGAGCGAGAGCAUUGAGGGGACGAAUGUGCUUGCAACCGGGAGUGGAGUCUGGGAGAUGGAGCUGUUGAGGAAACAUUUCUGUCCCAAGAUUAGGGAACAAGCUAUGGCCAUUAACAAAACCAUAGCAGGAUUGAAUCGCUAG